AAGGUGUGUUUAUUUUGGUUGGUUGGAAACUUGAAGCCCUUGGCUUAGCACCUCUGUCAUAUUUGAUUGCAAAAAGCUUCUUUCUCUUCUCCCUUUUGUGAAAAAUUCCCAUCAUCAGCCAUGAGCUGCUAUUCAUCGUCCCUAUUCUUCAACAACAACACCCUUUCUCCGGCUUCGACCAAUCUCCACCGUUCCUUCAACAAUGCUAGAUUCGGUCUCAGAAUCUCCGCUUCCCUUAACGUGGAAGUGCACGCUCCCAAUUCGGGCUCUUCGAUGACGAAGAGCAGCAAAGAGGUGAUGGAGGAAUCUAACAAGGUAUUUGUGGGUACUUACGCUAGGGCUCCGUUGGUUCUGUCCAGUGGCAAAGGAUGUAAAUUAUAUGAUUUAGAAGGGCGAGAGUAUUUGGACUUGACUUCUGGUAUUGCUGUGAAUGCACUUGGACACGGGGAUCCUGAUUGGAUUACUGCUGUUACUCAACAAGCUAAUACCCUUACCCAUGUUAGCAAUAUUUACUAUUCUCUCCCUCAGCUUGAGCUUGCAAAACGUCUUGUUGCUAGUUCUUUUGCAGACCGUGUUUUCUUCUCAAACUCUGGAACAGAAGCAAAUGAAGCUGCAAUUAAAUUUUCAAGGAAGUUUCAACGGUUUUCGCAUCCCGAUGAGAAGCAACCUCCUCUGGAGUUUAUUGCCUUCUCCAAUUGCUUCCAUGGAAGGACCAUGGGUGCUGUUGCUUUGACAAGCAAAGAGCACUACAGGUCACCUUUUGAACCUGUAAUGCCAGGAGUUACCUUCCUGGAGUAUGGCAAUAUUCAAGCGGCCACAGAGCUAAUUCAGAGUGGUAAAAUAGCUGCUGUGUUUGUUGAACCAAUCCAAGGUGAAGGUGGAAUAUAUAGUGCAACAAAAGAAUUCUUACAAGCGCUGCGAACUUCCUGUGAUAGUGUUGGUUCGCUUCUUGUCUUUGAUGAGGUUCAAUGUGGCCUAGGACGAACUGGUCAUCUUUGGGCACAUGAAGCUUAUGGCAUAUACCCAGAUAUUAUGACUCUUGCAAAGCCACUUGCGGGAGGUCUACCUAUUGGGGCGGUGUUAGUGACUGAAAGAGUUGCUGCUGCCAUAAAUUAUGGAGAUCAUGGUAGCACCUUUGCUGGUGGUCCUCUUGUUUGCAAUGCUGCAGUUGCUGUGCUGAACAAGAUUGCCGAACCAAGUUUCCUUGCCAGUGUCACCAAGAAAGGUCAAUAUUUCAGGGAAUUGCUUGUUAAGAAAUUAGGAGGAAACUCACAUGUGAAAGAAGUACGAGGCGUGGGGCUUAUUAUCGGGAUAGACCUUGAUGUACCAGCAUCUCCACUGGUUGAUGCAUGUCAACAAUCUGGCCUUCUUGUAUUAACGGCUGGAAAAGGAAAUGUUGUGAGGCUUGUACCACCAUUGACCAUCACAGAGCAAGAAUUGGACCAUGCAGCUGAGAUCUUAUUCAAUUGUUUGCCUGUGCUAGAUAAGACCAACAAGAAGUAGGGUUGAAUGACGGGUUUUCUUGCACGUUCACCUUUAUGUGUAGCUUCACAGGACUGUAUGCAUUGCUGAUGUAGAUCACUUUCAUGAGUGCAAUGUUAAAGGUAUCAUCUUCCGUGAAGUUCAUGUUGUACCUGAUUGUGUCCUGUCAGUGAGGCUGAAGAUUCAUUUAGGAGGAAUCUUAUUUAGACUUUUCAUGUAGAAGUGAGAAUCAGUUUGAGUUUUAGAUGUAUUUUCAAAUUUCCACCAGCUGAAUCAAGCUGAUGGAAUGUGUCCAUUGUAACAAGAUUAUAUCCAUUGAAACUUGUGUAUGAAUAAACAUGAUGUCUCAGGCUGCAACCUUCACAUAGA